UAUCUGAAAAAAAGUUUAUUAGUCAAUUGUAGUAGAAUAUGAGAUUACCUUUAAAAUCAGUAACAAAGAGAGUUAGAGAUGCUGAAUCUGAGUUGAACUUGCCACCUGGAUUCCGGUUUCACCCCACCGAUGAGGAGCUCAUCGUUCAUUACCUAUGUCGGAAGUCCCAUUCGACAUCCCAGAUUCUCGGUGUCCCUCCGCCGCCACCUAUCAUCGCCGACGUGGAUCUCUACAAACACGAUCCAUGGGAACUUCCUGAAAUGGCGCUUUUUGGGACGAAGGAAUGGUACUUUUUUACACCAAGAGACCGGAAAUACCCGAACGGGUCAAGACCAAACCGGGUCACAGGAAAUGGGUACUGGAAGGCAACCGGAGCGGAUAAACCCAUUACUUCAAAAUCUGACCCGAAUGUAACAAUUGGGAUCAAGAAGGCUUUGGUGUUUUACGCGGGUAAAGGGCUUAAGGGGAUCAAGACUAACUGGAUCAUGCAUGAAUAUAGACUUGCAGUUUCUAAGUUGGAUGAUUGGGUUUUAUGUCGUCUUUACAACAAGAAGAAUAAUCCUAAAGAGAUGAUUAUCGUACCCGAAGAUAACAACAACAUUCAUCAUCUUCAUCCUACAUCACCAAUAUUACAAAAAGAGAAUAGCUCUAGUAACAACAACAGUGACAGUUUCGACUCGUUUGAAUAUUCGGAUGGCGAAUUUAGUUGUAACUUUGAAGGUGAGAUCAUGUUUUCUAGCAACUUGCCGCACGAAUCGUUGACAAAAAUCGAAGAUGCUGAUGAAUUGGGGAUGCAAAAAGAAGAUGUUGAUUAUGGGAAUGAGUGGCUUGACAAUUUGAGUUUGGAAGAUCUACACCACUGUUUGGAACAAAUGCCUCCUGAUAAUUACUUCAGUGAUGAUAUGCCAAUGAUUUAUAAUUAGGGGUGGUUAUUAUUAUUUUUAGGACUUGUGAGUGUAGGGGUAAAAAUUUAGAAUAGAUUUAUGGAGUAAAAGUAUUUCAUUCAUGUAAAUAGUAUUGAAUUCUUGAGAAGAUGUUUUGUCCUAACAUGUAUAGGCAAUUUCAUCAAAAUAGUUGUUAUAAACGAAACAAUUAUUUUAUAUUUUAAUUAUUUAUUUGUUUA